AUUGUAGGGGUGAUCGACUUGGUGGAGCAUAUGCUGCCCUUUGGCAGUGAGCAGUGGGAAAUCUUUGCUGCCUGUUACAACGCACCCAUACCAAGCGGGCAUGCCGACCGUGACGGUGAUAGCCUGGGCCGGAAGUUCAAGAAGCUCUACAAAGUGCCAAAACCUAGUGGUAACGGGGCAUGCCCUCUUCACAUUGAGCGGUCAAAGCGUCUUAAGCGUAUGAUUAAAUCCUCAAUCGCAGUAGCAACCCUUCAUUUGGAUUCUAGUACCGAGGAAAACAGCGAGGACGAG